AUGGUGUUACGGCUGCUGCGCGAACCUGUGACCCCCAUGCUGACACCCCUGGAGGAGCUGACACCUGUGAACAGUGAUCAGAUGGGCAUCACCUGGAAGGAGCAGUUUUCUCCCAGCUGCUCCCUGUCCAGUGGGAUGAUGGUGUGGCAGUGCGGGGGGGAAGAGAGUAGUGAUCGGAGGCCCUGCCAACUGGCUAACAGGCUGCCACCUCUUAAGCGCCACUGCCCUUCUUCACUAGCAGGGACGUUCGUCUCAGCCUUCACUGUCCUGUGCGGAGCCCGCACUGACCUCCCAGACAGGCAUGUGUGCUGUGUCUUCUGGCUGAACAUUGCCGCGGCCCUCAUCCAGGUCCUCACAGCCAUCGUUAUGGUGGGCUGGAUCAUGAGCAUCUUCUGGGGCAUGGACAUGGUCAUCCUCGCCAUUUCCCAAGGCUACAAGGAGCAGGGCAUCCCACAGCAGCUGUGAGCCCCAGGAGCUGCCAAGAAGCCCAGGUGGUCUCAUGGGAGCCCCACAGGCAGUGAUGGGCACAAGAACCUUUACAUGUUCUUUUCUGCUGGUUCCUGGGUUUGGAGUGGAAAGGGGAGAUUUUUAAAGUAUUAUUUAUUUUGAGAACACACCUGCUUUUCUCAGCAGGCUCUGAGGGCUGCCAGCCCCUCCCCCUGCUCCAGAAGGUAGGGGCAGGCCCCCAGAGCAUGUCGAGUGGGGCAGGAAGUGGGGUGGAGACAGGUGCUGGCAGAGUCUGGAAUGUGUGGGCUCACCCCCACCACACUGCCCAUGGCCAGCUGCUGAGGGCCCUGUGCCGGGGAGCAGGGCACCACUGAGGGCCGGGACUGUGGUGGAUGUGCCCUCUGGGUCCCCAGCCCCUACCUAAGUGUUUCUGCUGUGGUCUCUGGGGACAGCACCAGGGCAGAAGUGAGGCUGGAGAAACCCCAGCCCAGCAUGGAAAGGUCCACUGUGCCCUUAGCAGGCCCAAGGCAGCAGUGGGGCAGCUCCCCAUAAAUAUCUCCUGGCCCUGCCCUCCCUUAGUGCAGCCACCCCACUUCUUACCACUGAAAUCUCCAGGCCUCAGUGUGUUUUGACCUUUGUUUCCCCGGAAGGGGGCCAGUGCUCAACCCCUGGGCAAAACUGCUGGAACCACCGAAUGUUCACACACAGAGAGCAUGGUUGGAGAGAACCCAGCCUGACAGCCUCUCACAUUAUAUUUAACACCAAUUCUGGACCACAGUCCUUAUUCUGAAAUCUUAAGGCCAAAUAGGUCUCUGAAUUCAGAAAUGUAGUAUUUAGGAAAGGGGGUAAGAGACAUUUGCUCUAUAAUUCCUGACACCCUGACAGAGUUGGAACAUCUCCCACCACCAAGCACAGGAUUAUUUCUGCAGAGAAGCAGGUGAAUCGUCAGACUGAUGGGAUUAAUAAAAACUGUAAAUAGCCUCAUCAUGGUUUAAGUUGAAUAGGAGAAAACCUACCAUUUGAGAGCUUUUGGGGUUUCAGAAUUGCAAAAAAAAAAUUGUGUGGGGUUGUGGACCUCUCUCUGAAAAUCCUUCUUGCAAGCAGAUGCUUUAGGGUGACUCUGUUGGCACUAAACCCGGAUGCCUCCCAGUGGCCCUUCAAGGCCCUUCAAUAGUAAUUGCUACAGAGUUAGAUCCCAACAGAGGGAAGAACCAACAGACGCUGUCCAGGCCCCCGAGGGUCAGGAAAUAAUGACCCGAAAUUAAGAGACAGGAGAUCCAAAGUAACGGUGAUGAGGUGGACAUACACGUCUGUCUUUCAUUUUUCAUUCUAACACAGGAAGUGCCAGUGUGGGACUGGCCCAAAGCUUAGUUUCCAACCCCACGGGACUCCAUGCCAUCGGGUGUGUCCCUCUCUGAGGGGCUCAGUCAGGGGCUCAGCUGGAUUUCGGCCAGGGCAGGAGAAGUGGCUGGCUGGCCCCUUUCCUGGUUGCUGUAUGGGAACAUGUGGGGACAGGCCCCUUGCUCUGCUGUGAGCAGUUUUGGAAGCCUCUGCUUGCAGAAUCUCUGCUCUUAAAUGCCCUGUCUGGGGGCAGUGGCCCACCCACCCCAUCCCCUAGGCUUUCUAAUGACAAGCCUUCCAGGAAGCAGCCCAGCUCCCUAGGGACUGGACAGCUUGUGGCAUCCGGGGAAAGAUGGAACUCUGCCCAGCCACUCUGCCACCCCUGCACCCCAACUCGAAGGUGGGCCCUCUGCUUCUGGCCUGAUCCUACCCCACCAUCCACCCUUACUAUGAUGAGUGUCCUGUCCCUUUUCCAUCACUGCCCGGGGCUGGCUGCACUGUUUAGGGCACCUGGCAGGAUCUUUAUCUCCUCCCGCCCUCCUUCCUUCCUGAUCCCCACCCAGGCCUUUGCUGCUUCUUUUGUGUUUGGAAGCCUCUGUGUUUUCAAGGUGCUGGAAUCAGAUUUGGCUUUAUCCAGAAAGCUAGACCCUUUUGCUGUGUGAAGACAGCAUCCUCCAGGCCCAGGGAGAGCAGACUGGCUGCUCGCUACUCUCAAGGCUGCAUCGAAGAACAGAGCCUUCCUGAAAUCAGAUAAAACAGCUUCCACAGAGGGGAAUACCAGGCCCACCAGCCCUCCCCCAGCCCAGCUGCCCACAGCCUCUCAUCCCAAACCACUGCCCUAUGUUUGCCCACCUCCCUUCUGUGAUGGCAGGUCUCAGGUGGGAGCUGCCUCUCCCGGCUUGGCUGGGGGCGGCUGCUGAGGGACAGAGAAGAAAGAGCAGUUUAUGUCACAUAUUUAUUAACACAAUCCCUACACCAGUGGGAUUUUCUUGAGUGACAGGUGUCACCAUGAGUCCCUGUGUGGGAUGGCUUGACUCAGGGGUUUGUGUGCUUGGAAGGACAUCUCCCCUCAGCUGCAGGCUGCUUCUCCAUCAGCCUCAGGAGGAAGCUCCUCUCCAGGGAACUGUUGUGUGGAAGAAACCAAGAGGAGCCCCGCCCAUCUUCUGAACAAGGAGUCUGUGAGGACAGCCAUGUGGGCAGAAUCAGCUCAAAACAGCAUCCCCCUAAAUUAGACCACGGUCUCAGCAUUACUGUCUGCAUUAGAUAAGGGGCAGUGGCUAGUGGCUGCAAGUAUGUGAGCUGGCCACUCAGGUGCUGGAUGGCCAGAGUCACUUACUAAACACCAGUCAGCUGAAAAAGGGCUCUUGUGCCAACAAGUGCUGGGCUGACACACAGCCCCUUGGUGACAGAGCUGGGCUUGCCUGGUGGCACAGCACAAGGGUGAUAGUCAGGAGGUCCCAGAGCACGUUUCCGGUUCGGCCCUUUCAUCAGUCAGACUCCUGCAGGUGGUUCCCUGGCCGCAGCCAUUUGGGGCAGGGAUCGCAGGCCCGUAGAGAGCUCCGUGGUGAACAAGAGGCUCCCAGGACCUAACGGUGACACUUGGACCAGAGUGGCAGUUCCCUCAGCCAGAGCAGGACCCUAGGGAAAGAACAAGCCACUGGUGGCCUGGGAGUGUCCUGGGGGCAGCGGAGACUGGCUUGGAUCUUUAACUCUGAGUCUGUUGAGAGCCACAGACCUCAGACGGGAAAACCAGGGCCUCUGUGGGAGCAGCUGGGGGUGGACGGCUCCAGUCCCCACCCCACCCCUGCCCUGGCCUGGGAACCAGUCUGGCUGCACUUGAGGGACACGGAGCAAGAUGCCUCCCUCUGCUGCCCCAGACCCCAUGACAAGGAGUGACAGGAGAGCCUUCAGAUGCUGCGCCUUGCCCAGGCAUGGUGUGACCCAUCUGAUGUAUGACCCUUCCUGCAGCCUGGCGGCAGGGCAGCAGCGUGCUGGGCUUUCGGACGUCAGAGCUAAGGAAUGGGCCAAACACACGGCUCAUGGGCCAGAGCUGACCACAGCCCUAUCACAGCCCUCCCAGGAGGGAGCAGGUCUCAGGGGCCAGGAGCAGUCACCUGGAGGGGACUCGAGAGAGCCCUCAGAAAGAACCGGAAGGCCUCCACAGCCCACCCUGUGGUCACCAUCCCAGGAAGCCCUCACACAUGCUCCCUGGCUGGAGGCAGGCGGGAAGGGCUGCCCCAUAGUGCCACCUGGCAGUGGUGUUCAGUGCUGGAGCUGCGUGGGGGGCUGCUGGCCCUAAAGGGAAGGACCCAGACACUAGCUGUCCCUCCAGGGGCUCUGGUCUCCCCACCCACCGCUCUCAGAGGCAUAGCCGUAGCCUCAGCCUCAGCCAGACUCCUGGGGGCCCAGGAUCAGUGGGGAGGCACCUACAGGAAGGGAAGAAAGCCCCGUGCUCAGCUGCCCCUGGAGGAGCAGGGGUCAGGGUCUCAGGGAGAAAAACCACACACGGAGCUGAGGCAACCAGGUGGGGCUGGAUCCCAGGACCAGGAGCACCCCUUCCAGGCCUGGGGCUUAUAAGGAGGAAGUGAGGGGCUGAGCUGUGGAGGAUCUCCUGGACCAGCUUGACUCUUCAAAAAACAAAAAAAUCUAAGAAGUUUUCUUUAGUGCACCCCCUUCCCUGCCCGGUGGGGUGAAUUUGUGAGGGUCACUUCAGUUGUGCUCGGCUCCCACUCCACCUGGGCCCCGGGCCUGAGCCUGGCAGAAGUCUGGCCGCAGAGGCCCCAGGCCCACCCCGGCCAGUGGGGAUGCUGGAUGCCCUCACCCUGUAAGUGUCGCAGUGAGGAAAGCCUCAAGCGUGGUUCGCUGUGUACGUGCCUUGGGACUGAAACAUCAAUCCUGUGAGUGGUGGUGGCCCUGGCCCACUGUUAUCUCCCUCCCUCUUGCUGGUCGCUUUGGAGGGCUCUCAGCAGGGGGUCAGAGGUGCAGAAGCAUGUCCACAGCACCCUCAUGCACUGACCCUGACCUUGUGGUGGGGGGAGCAGUUUGGAGCCACUGCUUGUCUGCUGACACGCGCUCCCACAGAAUUGACCUGAGGCUGAACAGAGAGGGUUCCUUCUGUCUCCUGGGCCCCUGGGCAGGCCUCAGGCAGGCCUCACAGCAAGGGGGCUGCUGCCUGCCAGCCCUGCCUUCUAGGGAAAAGGCGGGUGCAUGGAGAGGAGGGGACCCCCCAGGCCUGGGCCUGGGCCCUGCUGCUGUCGGGGAGGGGCCGGCUAUGGGGAGGAAGCUGAGGCAGCCUGAGCAGGUGGCCGGCGUUCCCUUGGGUUUCUUCCAGCUAGAUUCCUGGGACUUCAUGAUGUUCAUGAGAUCACAGGGGUUGCUGUGGGCCCACCCUCCGUCCCAUGGACAUAGGGUGAACCCCUCUGCUGACAGUGGGGGAGCCCCAAGCAGAGUGAUCCCAAAUGCCCCCAAGCCUGGGGUAAGUUCUGGACUUAGUGGCCAUUCUCUCCUGCCUCAGUUUGACCAUCUCCAGUAGAUGGGGGCCUGGGCAUCCGUCGCUCUUCCCAUUUCUGUCAGAGCACCAGGCCUGGAGGACGAUCCCCCACCUGGGCAAGGCAGAGGCAGGGGGGUUGGUCCCUGGCAGGCCUCAGGUCCAGGGGCUGGCCACCUUCUAGUCAGAGACCCCAGCAGAGCUUCAGUAUCCCCUCCUGAUCCUGUCACACAGCAGGGAGGUGAUAAGGUGGGUCCUACUUGUAUGUGUCCUGAUUUCUAGUACAAGUUGUUCCUCACUUCAGAUUUACAGUGGAAUCUCCCUUCCCAACCGCUCUCCCUCCUGCUGGAUUUGCCAAAAUGCCAACCUCCAGGCUGGUCACCACCCCCACCACACAUCCAUUCAAGUGGGAAGAAGCGUGGACAUACACUUGCCCACACAAACACAUGGACAUUUGCACACACACUUGCACCCACUUGCCCACAAACACAUGCACCCACACUUGCACUGUUGCAAACUCACACAUCUGUGUACACACACUCUUGCACCCAUUCAACCCACUCUUAUGCACACUCACACAUGGACACAUGCACACUUGUACCCUCACAGAUACACACACUUGUACCCACUCUUGUGCACUCUCAGACACACCCACCCACUCACACAUGCACACUCACUGUUCCUUUGACUGUGGGGUGGAGGCAGGACAGUGUCGGGAGACAUGACCAGGACUUGCCAUCUCCCAAGGCGCCCGCACCACAUCCAGGAGCUGACCGUGGCCAACAUGGGCUCUGGCUGACAGCAUCUGUCCCUCCACCCAGGCCCAGGUAUACACACUGUUUGCUCUCUCCAGGGCCCUUGGGCUUGAAUCUCUUCCUCCCCCAAAACCCACCUGUGCUCCCCCUGCCCUGCCUUGACCCCUGCACCUGCAGUGCCACCUUCUGUGGAGGAGCAAGAUGCAUCUACCCAGAGAGAGGGGACAGAGGUCUCUUUCUGGGCUCCUGAGGGCUGCUGACAACCCUCUCUUCUGAGGCACUUUUCUGUUCCCACAACCCUCCCACCUGCCCCAGUAUAGAGACCAGUGAGAAGAGAAGGGGGUUGAAGGCCACAGCCACCCCACUUUUCUGUGUUAGUGCUGGUGGCUGUAACCAGCCUGGCUCCCUGUGGGAACACUUGGCUGGCCCUUUCCUAGGCUGAGCUCAUGCUGUUGCACCUGGUACUAACUGGUUUUAAACAGCAAGCAUAGGAACAACAUGGAGUCUGUGUGUAGUAGCUGGGUUUAUUAUGGAUGUAUGUCAUGUUGUGAUUUGCAGUUUUUGAUCUAGUGAUUGACUUCAUUUGGGUUUUUCUUUCUGUUAAAUUAACUGCUGUAUAUUUCUAUUCUCCAACAAUGUCCACUCUCUGAUCUAUUGGGAUUUCUACUCUGACUUCUCAGACCCACUGAGGGCUUACUCCACCCCUACCAGCUUCCCUUGGGAUCCAGCCUAGCCCAUCCGAUGACUGGAGCCUUCCUCAGUUCCAAAAGAGGAAGGAAGUUCUAAUGUCAGGGACAGAGGGCAGCGUCCAGACUUGCUGUGGCCCACUCCAUGCAGCCUGGGGCCCAGGCCUGCCUGCAGCUUAGCUUUCCCGGUGUGUGCAGGGCCAAGCUGCGGGUAGAGUUGCCUGCUGCUGUUCAGGGUCUCCACGGUGCCCUCUGAAUUGGACGCUGAGCAGUCUUCCAAUUUCUGCUGUGUUCUGCCAGCUUUACAAUUCCUAACUCAAGCACCAUUGCUGUACAUGUAAUGAAAAGUGCCGUGUAUGACAAUAAAAACCUGUGUACAUACCUCCAUGUACAUAUUUAUAUGUUCCUAUUAUAUAAAGCAUGGCAUGUCUUUGGCAUUCCACAUUUGUGUCUUUUUAGAUCCUUUGGAAACUUUUCCUUUCCCUCUUUUCUAUGUAAUAAACAUAAAUGUGACCUUU